GCUUGACAGACCCUUGGACCCCUCUUUGCGCAUGCUUCUUUCCCCCGUUCCGUUUUCAUACCUGUCGCAUCGGAUUAUUAGUAUUUUGAACGUGUCGGAGCAGAGCAGCGAAAGGUAGGGCUGAGGAGCCGCAAUGACAUCCCCGAUGCUGGACUCCCGCUCGCCUCGAGUGCUGGAUCCGCAUAAGAAAGCGCAUUUUAGUCUACAUAUCAGCGAUCGAAUUACGAAGAACGAUAGUUCAGUCCCUACAUACAGCGCUGUGAAAUACAACCACAAACCACCGCAAGCCUCUUCAACCCGCAACGCAACACUCACAUCCUCCUCUACUGACUCCUAUGAACUACGCCUCGAGGACAAAGAUGGCCGGAAAGAUACAGACUUGUUCACAUUUACUGGUCAGAAAACCGCACCCAAGAAGUCCUACAUCCUCCUCUUCGACCCCUCGUCACAGAAAUGCACCCUCGAGCCCCUUUCCUCCACCUACACAUUCAACCUCCAAUCCCGUAACGCCACAGACAUCUCAUCCUCACACCCAAAGAUCUUCCCACGAAAACAGAAAGACAGCGAUGAAGAUGCCAGCGGCGACGUUGACGACCUUUUCGACAUGGGCGUCGGCGACGACAACGACGACCCCGAUCCCAACAACCCGUACGAUUUCCGCCAUUUCCUACAAAAGGGGAAGGACAAAGAGAAACGCGGCUACGAAAGCGAGUAUCAUCAGAGUUCACCAGACUAUCGCACUGGGACUGGGAGUGCGUUGAACACGCCGCUACUUCCCCCCCGGAAAUCUGCCCCAUCGAUCAUAUCCUCCACCGCAGUAAAACCACGAACCACACAGCAGCGACAGUCCUCAUCGGCACCUAAGCCGCGAAAACGCAAGAGCCCAGACGCCGACCCAUUCGUCCAGCGCAAACCCACCACAAAGAAACAACAGCCCCAGCCCGCACCAACAGUCCGCCUUGACCGCCGCGCCUCCACCCGCGUCCCCGACCCGACACCCACCUCCAAGUCCAAUUCUACCUUCAACCUCACUACAAAGCCUGCCCGCAAACCACUCCCGAAAUCCCAACAUGUAUCGUCGAAGAUCAAAUCCGCAGAACUCGUUCACUCGUCAGACGAAUCCGACAUCGACGCCGACGGCUCGAUCGACUCCUCACACUCACCCCACCGCAACCAUAACCAAAAUCAUGAUCCGCCUCCCCACCGCCUCCACUCCUCUCCAGACGUCGACGCCGACGGGGACUUCGACUCCGACGACAACAACACCGGCACCGGCGCCUUAGAAAUCGAAGUUCCGGACUCCCACUCCCGGCCCUCACGCUCCGCGCUCAAAUCCCUUGGACUUGGCCAAAACCUAGGUCUCAGCGGCCUAGGAUACUUAAAAUCGCCAUCCAAUGGACCGAUUAGUCUGGCGACUGCUGCGAGCAGCGUCGAAGGGUCACCGAACCCAGGAUUCACGCCAGGAAGACCGGGUUCAAGGAUUCCAGGUCGCAGAGCUGGAGCUGGCGGUAGAUAUGGACAUGCUGAUGGCGGGGAUGAUGACGGGGUUAUUGAUUUUGGGAAUCUAGGUGGUGGUGCCAGUGGGGGGGAUGGAGAAAGUGAUGAGGAAGAUGGGGGAUAUGUCGAGGAUCAAGAGGAUGAUGACGAAGAUGAGGACGAGGGGGUCGAUGAUAGGGAUGUAGAGCCCAUGGAUAUCGGCCCGCCCGCACAGCCGAGUACUACGCAGCAGCAACAGCAGCAGCCAGGGGUUGGUAGGAAGAUGAGCGAAGGCGGUCUAGUGGUCGAAGAGGAUGAAGAUGAUCCAUUGUAUAAGGUGAUGAUGGAGGGGCUGGCUGGGACGAGUAGUGAGGAGAGUGAAGAGGAAUGAGCCUGAGGAUGAAAUCAUGCUCCCAAAUUCGAGGUAGGAAAGGGAAAUAGGAAAUGGGGGUAUUUUAUAUAAACAUUGGUAAUGAUUUAUCC